AUGUCUGAUUCUCUCAGCACCGAGUCCUACCACCAUACCCAGGAGGAUCCGGUUGUUGACGCAACAACUUCAUCCCAUGCAAGAAGACCUAAGGAAACGGUCACCGGGUUUUCAUCAGAAAUCGCUCUUGAUGAACACACAAGGGAAGGGUCAAGGUAUGUUCAUAACUCCAUUGCAACGAUCGUCACUCAGAUACUAUCUGGUAAUCGAAAUGUUCCUGGAGUUUCUGUUCCCUUGAACACGAUCAUUCCUGAUAUUGCUGCAUGUCAAGAUAAAGCUGUAGUGUUGAGGAAAAAUGUCACUGACAAUGUUGAGCAACCAGAUGCUCAUGAGGGGUCAAAGAUUGACAAACCCUCAGGCAAAGUGAGAGGUGAGAAGGCCAAUGUUACUCAAGGUGUUGAGGACAACCCUAGAGCUGAAACGAUUAACGUGGAAGAACUCUCGGACAAUGAACUUCUGGCUUCAGUUGUCCCUAGCAUAGCCAAGAGGGUCAGGACUAGGAGAGGGAAAAAGCCAGUGAUGCAAAGGUCUCCAGCCAAGGAAGUUGAUGAGACAACUCCUCAUAGACAACCAGGGACAGAGAGUGCUCGCAAAAGGAAAGGCUAUGGACCUGCCAAAUCUUGGAGCAAAGAGGUGCCCAAGAAGUUGAAGACCAAGGCAGUGGUGGUAGAGUCAGAAUCUGAUGUCCCAUGUGAUGUCACAACUUCCAUGUCCAGGAAGAAGCCCUCUUCAAGCAAGUUGGCUGCUAGUGUCCCAGAUGUCCCGAUUGACAAUGUGUCCUUCCACUUUCCCUCCAGUGUUAACAGAUGGAAGUAUGUCUACCACAAGAGGCUGGCCCUGGAGAGAGAACUGGCACAGAAUACACUGGACUGUAAGGAGAUUGUGGAUCUCAUCAAAGAGGCAGGAUUGAUGAGAACUGUGUCUCAACUCCCUAAGUGCUAUGAGACCUUAGUGAAGGAGUUCAUUGUAAAUCUGUCAGAGGAGUGUGCUGAUGGUAAAUCCACAGAGUUUAGAAAGGUCUAUGUGCGUGGGAAGUGUGUGACCUUUUCCCCUUCUGUGAUAAAUCAGUAUCUGGGAAGAGCGGAUGAAGAGCAACCAGAGCUUGAAGUGACUGACAAUACACAUGUCCCUGACAUUGUCUUGACAUCGGGAGAAACAUCCAAAGCUGGCAACCAACCAGACAAGGCUGAUGUUAUUGCAGUUCUCAAAGAGACCUGCAAAGAGCUGGAGGCUAGAAAGCAUGCACUGGAAAAGCUCAUCUUGCAACUAGAGACUGCUGCUGAAGACACAGAUGGACCUGACAGGCAAAGUUCUGAGGAGGAGGAGGAGGCCAGCUGUGAAGAGGAGGCUGAUGAUGAGGCUGAGGAUUAA